AUGUCCGAAGCUUCUGUUUCCUACGCUGCCUUGAUCUUGGCUGACGCUGAUCUUGAGAUCUCCGCCGACAACUUGUUGGCCAUCACUAAGGCCGCCGGUGCCUCUGUUGACAAUGUCUGGGCCGAUGUUUUCGCCAAGGCUUUGGAAGGCAAGAACUUGAAGGAGUUGUUGUUCUCCUUUGCCGCCUCUGCUGCCCCAGCUGCUGCUGCCUCCGGUGCCGCUGCCACUGGUGCUGCUCCAGAAGCUGCUGCCGAAGAGAAGGAGGAAGAAGCCGCUGAAGAAUCCGACGACGACAUGGGUUUCGGUUUGUUCGACUAA